AUGAGUGUGGACCCAGCUUGUCCCCAAAGCCUGCUUGGCCCCGAAGCAUCCAACUCUGGGGAAUCUUCACCCAUGCCUGAAGAAAGUUACGCGUCCUUGCAAAUGUCAUCUGCUGACACCCUCGACACGGACACUGUCUCUCCUCUUCCUUCCUCCAUGGAUCUGCUUAUUCAGGACAGUCCUGAUUCUUCCACAAGCCCCAGAGUGAAACCACUGUCCCCAUCUGCGGAGGAGAGCACAGAGAAGGAAGAGAAGGUCCCCGUCAAGAAACAAAAGAUCAGAACUGUGUUCUCACAGACCCAGCUGUGUGUGCUCAAUGACAGAUUUCAGAGGCAGAAAUACCUCAGUCUCCAGCAAAUGCAAGAACUUUCCACCAUCUUGAACCUCAGCUACAAGCAGGUGAAGACCUGGUUCCAGAACCAGAGAAUGAAAUGUAAGAAAUGGCAGAAAAACAACUGGCCGAGGAAUAGCAAUGGUGUGCCUCAGGGCCCAGCAACGGCAGAAUACCCCGGCUUCUAUUCCUACCAUCAGGGGUGUUUGGUGAACCCUCCUGGAAACCUGCCCAUGUGGGGUAACCAGACCUGGAAUAACCCCACGUGGAGCAAUCAGAGCUGGAACAGUCAGUCUUGGAGUAACCACUCCUGGAAUAGUCAGGCCUGGUGCCCCCAAGCCUGGAAUAACCAGCCUUGGAACAAUCAGUUCAACAACUACAUGGAGGAAUUCCUGCAGCCCGGGAUCCAGCUACAGCAGAAUUCUCCCGUCUGUGAUCUGGAGGCAACACUGGGAACUGCUGGGGAAAAUUAUAACGUAAUACAGCAAACUGUCAAGUAUUUCAGUUCCCAGCAGCAAAUCACUGAUUUAUUCCCAAACUACCCUCUCAACAUACAGCCUGAAGAUUUAUAA